AUGAAACGUUCCGGAGGGGAUCGGUUUGGAAGUGGAAGUAAGAGGACACGAAUGGAUAGUUACGAAGAAGCUCUGGCAAAUGGCAAGUAUGAACUACGGUUGGUAGUGACGAGUCGAGGUGCUGGUGGUAUUAUAGGCCGAGGAGGCGAAAAUAUUAAGCGCCUUCGUUCAGAGGUACUGCAUUUGGAUGGUGAGAGGUGUGCUUUUGAUUUAUUAUUCCUUAUGAGUGAAAAAAUUGUCCGUGAGAAUAAAAUUCUUGGUUCCAGGAAACGGAUCUUUUUAAGUAAUCCAUACUUCAUUAAAGAAGCUGUUAAGUCACUUUUAUAUGCAACGGCCUUAAACAUUUUAUUGUUUGGCGGACUGAGCAACAUGAAUUACGAAAUUGUGAACACAGCCCAAACUAAUGCUCAUUUGCAGUUCGACGCGAACCUGACCGUCCCAGAUAGCCAGACGCCCGAACGCUUUCUUGCAGUACGGCAAGAUGAAACGAAGGAUUUUGAUUACAAAUUUGUUCCAAACAGCACACUACCUUUUCUUGCAGCCGUUGGCUUCAGAUUGGUAUUGACUCUCACUGCUACAACAGAAAACAUCGCAAAUUGCUUACGUGAAAUCAUACCACGUCUCGAUGAGAAUCGCGAGGAUGAUCAUGAUCGACGAGGGAAGAAAGCAGACAGAUCGGAUAGUGAAAUGAAAGUUUUGGUGCAUGAAUCUCAUGCAGGCGCUGUUAUUGGUCGUGGUGGAUCACGAAUAAAGGAGCUUCGCGAAAAAACUGGAGCACAACUUAAGGUUUUUUCGCGUUGUGCACCACAGUCCACUGAAAGAAUCGUGCUGCUGAAUGGUGAAGUGGAAAAAAUUAUUGACUGUAUUAACAUCAUUAUCGAUGUGUUGAAAGAGAUUCCAAUAAAGGGACCUGUUCGACCGUAUGAUCCAAUGUAUUAUGAUCCAGAUAUCAUUAAUGAUUAUGGUGGAUAUGUUCCUGAUCGAAAUUUCAUCUCACGUGUGGGUCGAGGAAGAGACUAUGGGUUUGGUAGUAGCAUGGUUCCCUCACGAUAUCCUGCAAGAGAUGAACGUUACAGUGGGGUGAGGGACGUGAUGGGACGCUAUUCACCUAUUCCAGCUAUGCAGACCACACAGGUGGAAACAACUGACGUUACAAUUCCGGAUGAACUAGGAGGCGCCAUAAUAGGUAAAGGUGGUUCACGAAUUAAUCGAGUGCGUGAAGAAUCGGGUGCGCAGAUUGAAGUUGAACCUCAUCGUGACAAUGGUGGUGACCGUAUUAUAACAAUUUCUGGGACCCGAGAGCAGAUUCAGGCAGCGCAGUAUUUGCUACAACAGUGUGUUCGUACAUCGGAAGCUGGAAGACGUUAUUUAAGCGAGCACUGA